UGUACUGACGUCACAUGUACAUUUCAUCGCUUAUCACCCACGCAAGCAGCGGUGGCCUUAUCACGAGUUUCACUCAUGCUAUAAAAGGAGUGUGCGUCAAUAAACCUACGUUCAUUUCACCACUGGGCGUCCGACUGAUUUACUACAUUGGCGACGAGGCGGACCGGCCCGGCGAGGCCGCCGUUAAAGAAGGCGGGAUGGCUGUCGGCAAGAUCGGCGAGUAUCGUCUUGGCACGGGCGCGUCUUGGGAUGAGUACGUCGAGCGGUUGGAAAUGUUUCGCGACGCGAACAAGAUAACAACGGACGAGCAGAAAAGAGCAGUUCUGCUGAGUUGUUGCGGCGAAGCAGCGUACGGGCUCAUCGUAACCCUGGUGAAGCCAGUAAGACCGACCAUGGCAAGCUACGACGAAAUCAAGACGGCCGUUCGCAAGCAGCUGCAUCCGAGGCCUUCCGAGCUGCACGCAAGGUUUUUGUUCUACAGGAGAAACCAGGCGGCUGAUGAAUCGGUGGCAGACUACGUCACGGCUCUGCGGAAGCUAACGGAAGACUGCGGUUUUGGUGACAAGCAACUACCGCUGGACGUCAUGAUGCGAGAUCGUUUCGUGUGCGGCAUCAAGAACGAAGCAGUCCAGCAGAGACUUCUCGCCGAGCCCAACCUUACGUUCCAGGUCGCGUACGACAUGGCCGUGACAGCUGAGGCUACAGCAAAGCAGCAGCGAGACAUACGCAACCAGGGACGAGACGAGACAAAAGACAGCCAGGGCCUAAUUCAAGCAACUCGCACGAAGCAAGACACCGCAGCGGAAGAGUCCAGUUGCUAUCGCUGCAACGGUAAGCACGCUCCGCAUUUAUGCAGUUUUAGAAAGGCGGCAUGUUUCAAGUGCAAGAAAAUCGGACACAUUGCGAAAGCCUGUCGUUCGAAAGACGAAGUUAGAAAGUUUCAAAGAAAAACUUCACACGAGCAGAAGAAAAAAGAGAGUAAAAGCAAGGGCGCCUACGAAAUGACCGAAUUAUUUUCCCUCUGCGAGGUGAAUGAGCAAGAAGAAAAAUUCAUGGUUGAAGUACAGAUUGAAGGGCAGAAUGUACCCAUGGAAAUUGAUUCUGGAGCAUCGUGCUCAAUUGUGAGUGAAGAAACGUUUCGCUCUAUCGAGGGAAAGCAAAGUAAAAUACCCCAUCGAGAGUCAAGCACAACGCUCGUAACCUGGUCAAAAGAGGCGUUGCCUGUAGUUGGUCGCGCAAGUGUUGUGGUGGAAUUCAAGGGUCGGACGGCAAAGCUGCCUUUGUUGGUAGUGAAGAGAAGCGGUAACAGUUUGCUUGGGCGGAACUGGUUUAGGCCGUUGGGCAUUGGGCUGCAUGGAAUUCAGCAACUGAAUGUUGAAGACGUCACUUCACGAUUUUCUGAGGUGUUUCGCAGUGACCUUCCUGGCUUCAAUGGACCGCCAGUGCGCAUCGAACUGAAAGACGACGCCAAACCAACGUUCCUCAAAAGUCGUACAGUUCCACUAGCACUGAAAGACGAUGUGGCCAAGGAAGUGGACCGCUUGGUGCAACAAGGAGUCUGGGAACCAGUCGAGUACUCCAACUGGGCAACUCCGCUCGUGGUGGGAUCCACCCGAGCCAAAGCAAGACUGACGCCAUCCAGCAAGCGCCAACGCCCACUAGCAAGAAGCAGCUGCAAGCCUUUUUGGGGCUACUGAACUUCUAUAGCAGUUUCCUCAAGGGCAGGACCGGAGCGGCGGAACCUCUAUACCGGCUCCUAGACCACGACCACGAAUGGGAAUGGAAAGGUGAGCACCAACGUGCUUUCGAGAAGCUGAAGAAGCUACUUAGCUCCGAUGCCGUACUUGUUUCUUAUGACCCCGAGCGUCCCUUGAUGCUGUGCUGUGACGCAUCCCCUGUAGGGGUGGGGGCGGUGCUGGCCCAUAAAGCAGCUGACGGGAGGGAGCAACCCAUAGCUUAUGCUUCACGAACUCUAGGCGCAAGUGAGCGUAACUACGCCCAAAUUGACAAGGAGGGUCUAGCAGUCGUCUUCGGGGUAAAAAAAAUUCAUCAGUACCUGGCUGGGCGAGAAUUCACGGUGAUAACAGAUCACAAACCGCUUUUGGGUUUAUUAAACACGGACAAGCGAGUGCCGGAAGUACUGUCACCCAGAAUGCUGCGCUGGAUUUUGUUGUUGUCUGCGUAUAACUAUCGCAUCCAGUACAGGCGAGGUGAGGACAACUCCAACGCUGAUGCACUCAGUCGACUGCCAGCCCCCGGGGACGAGGACGAACCACAACCACCUGGAGACGUGCUUCUACUGGAAGCUGUCGAGUGUGCACCGUUACAGGCACCGGACAUCGUCAAGCUGAUCAAAAAAGACAGCGUCUUGACCAGGGUGAAGGACUGGAUCCUGAGUGGUUGGCCUUCGACACAACUAGACAGCACGUUUACACCAUACGAGGUGAGGAAGACAGAGUUGUCGUUGCACCGGGGUUGCAUACUCUGGGGGAAUCGUGUGAUAAUUCCCGAAGCCGCAAGAGAGCGAGUGCUCCAACUACUGCAUGCAAAUCACCCGGGGAUGAGCGCUAUGAAAGCAGCAGCUAGAGGGCUCAUGUGGUGGCCAAAAAUGGACCACCAGAUUGAAGAGUACGUACGGUACUGCCAGACAUGUCAGAGCAACCGACAAAGUGACCCCAAGGCUCCCGUUCACUUUUGGGUCACACCAGACCAACCUUGGAGUCGUCUAUACAUGGAUUUCGCGGGCCCAGUCAAAGGAGAUGUAUUCCUUGUCGUGGUAGAUGCGUACAGCAACUGGGCGGAGGUUGAAAUCAUGUCAUCAAUGAAAGCUGCGGCCGUCGUGACAAGCUUAAGGAAAAUAUUUGCGACACAUGGUGUGCCAGACGUUAUCGUUUCGGAUAAUGGAACGGCCUUCACAAGCGCUGAGUUGCAAACUUUUUUGAAGUGUAAUGGUGUGCGUACUGUUUUUACUGCACCUUAUCAUCCCGCCAGUAAUGGCAGAGCCGAGAGGAUGGUAAGAGAAGUGAAAGAAGCUUUAAAAAAGCAACGGGAAGGAACAACACAGUGCAAGAUUUCGCGAUUCCUGUUUAAACAGCACACGACGCCACAUUCUGUCACAGGGAAAUCGCCAGCAGAAAUGAUGAUGGGGCGAAGGUUGAGAACUGCGCUGGAUCGUCUUCAUCCGGACCGACAACAUGCACCUGAGGUUCAACACCCAGUUACCAAGAGGUACUGUGUCGGUGACACUGUCUACUCUAAAAGCUUCACUCCAGGUCCCAGGUGGAAGGCGGCCAGAGUGGUGGCGGUCAGAGGCCCGGUGUCGUACACGGUCCUACUGGAUAACGGCGAGCGCCAUCACCGACAUCGGAACCAACUGAGAAGCGCCUGGACGAGGUCCGAAUCAGACAAAGGUACCGGGGAGGGCUGCCAUGCCGAGUUGUUUCCCACGGCAACACGACCCCAGCCGCAGCCGACGGCCCCAGAAG